AUGGCACAUACAUUCCUCUCUUUGUUAAUUCUAGUUCUUGCCUUAUUUAGCUUAAACCCAACGGCCGAAUGCCGUUCUCGAGCUCGAGCCUAUGUCGAGCACCAAUGUCGUCCGACAUUAUACACCGACUUAUGCAUUCGAACCCUCUUACCCUUCGCUAGCAAAAUAAAUGCACCCACACCCGAACAACUAGCCAGAAUAUCACUAACCUCAUGCCUAUUUAAAGCUCGACUCACAAAGGCCUAUGUUAAUAUGGUUGCACAAGAGUUCAAUAAAACCAGCUGGAGUGGACGAUACUAUGAAGCCGUGACGGAUUGUUUGUCUCAAAUCAAUGACGGGGUGAACCAAAUUACACAAUCGGUUAAGGAGCAAAAAAGAAUGGUACAUGACGGGGAGAAAGAUUUUUCGUGGCACGAGAGUAAUGUGCAAACAUGGGUUAGUACCGCGUUAACAGAUGUGACGACGUGUCUUGAUAAGAUAUCGGAUAAGGCUAUUGGAGGUAAAGAAAAGGGGAUGAUCAAAGCGCGGUUUUUGAAUGUUAAGCAUCUUGCUAGUAAUGCGCUUGCGUUGUUUAACAGGUUUGCAACAAGGCACCGUGCAUCUCGGAGGAUCAGGACUCCUUAA